UUCACGUCGUCGUGUCAAUCAAGUUUGUGUUAGUUACUUGCUCCUGCUCACGCCCCAAGUUGUCUUCUUCCUUUUGUUUGAUCACAUACCUCGCUUACGCAGCUUCCUGUUCAGCUUGAAGGCAUCGUUUUCUUGCCAGUCAUUCUCACCCAUGUCAGUGCCGCAUCCUCCUCAAACCCUCUCGCACCCCCAUUCCCAAAGUGAAGAUUCCUACUCCGCCGUCGCUCGAGCCCAAGAAACUCAUUCGAUUUCAAACCCUACUUCUCCUAUUCGGACCCCGAAUUCUGAUGCAACCGGAAUGGCAACCCUCCUUCAUCUCUCAUUCAAUCAAGAUUCCGGCUGCUUCGCCGCCGGCACCAAUUGUGGUUUCCGUGUAUUCAAUUGUGACCCAUUUCGCGAGAUCUUUCGGCGGGAUUUUGGCCCUUCCGGUGGGAUUGGAUUGGUUGAGAUGUUAUUUCGGUGCAAUAUACUUGCCUUCGUUGGUGGUGGGUUUGACCCUGCAUACGCAAUCAACAAAGUGAUGAUUUGGGACGACCAUCAGUCCCGCUGCAUCGGCGAGCUAUCAUUUCGUUCUGAGGUGAAAGGGGUUCGUCUUAGAAGGGACAGAAUCGUGGUGGUUCUGGUGCAAAAGAUAUUAGUGUACAAUUUCGAUGAUCUUAGAGUGUUGCAUCAAAUUGAGACAAUUGCGAAUCCAAAGGGGCUUUGUGAAGUCUCCCAUGUCUCAGGGCCAAUGGUUCUGGUUUGUCCCGGGUUACAGAAGGGUCAGGUAAGAGUCGAACUUUACGCGUCAAGGCGGACCAAGUUUAUAACGGCGCACAACUCCCGAAUUGCUUGUUUUGCGCUUACGCAAGACGGGCGCUUGCUUGCCACCGCAAGUAGCAAGGGCACUCUGGUUAGGAUUUUCAAUACUAUGGAUGGUUCAUUGCUCCAAGAGGUGCGAAGAGGUGCUGAUCGAGCAGAGAUACACCAUCUUGCAUUCUCUCCCACUGCUCAGUGGCUAGCCGUCUCAAGUGACAAGGGGACUGUUCAUGUCUUCGGUCUAAAGGUUGAUUCAGGAUUACUGGGGCAUCGUGGAUCACAAAGUACAUCUGAAUCUAAUCCCACUAGCCCCUCCUCAGUUUCAUCCCUUUCAUUUAUUAAAGGUGUCCUGCCUAAGUAUUUCACCUCAGAGUGGUCAGUGGCCCGGUUUCGCUUGAAUGAAGGCUUGCAAUAUAAUGUUGCCUUUGGCCACCAAAAGAAUACGAUUGUGAUACUAGGCAUGGAUGGAAGCUUCUAUCGAUGCAAGUUUGACCCCAUGACCGGAGGAGAGAUGACUCAACUUGAAUAUUACAAUUUUAUGAAGCCGGAAGAGACUUUCUAGAUUUGAAUGUAUAUUUAUUCACUAUGCGUGGGCGUGGCUCUUGCUGUAAAUAGAUUUGAUCUUUUUCCGUUAACCGCCGGCACCGUCCUCUGCCUGCUUAUGUUACAGCGUUUGUAAAGCCGCGGUAGCCAAUAUCUUUCGCAGUCCUAUCGAUUGCCAUGAAUUAAAUAAAUCACCGCCGCCAAUUCAGUUUUGAA